AUGGUAGCUUACCUCCGUCUGUUGCCCGUUUUGGGCCUGCUUCUAGCAGACGGCGCCCGAGUAGCUGCUCAGGGCUCUCACGGAAUAGCUAAUGGAAAGGAAGACUGGACGAAGGGGGAGUCGUCCAUUAUCCCAGGCGCCUACAUUGUCGAGUUCGAAGAUGGUCAUGAAGAAGCAUCACUGUUCAGCGAUCUCCAGCGACACGGCUUUUCCGCAACCAAGCGGCUAAACCUCAACUACACUCUGUUCAAAGGAGCUUCCUUUCAACUGGACUCUGUUGACUUGGAUCCCCAUUCCACCUCCGCUAAAAUCGCGUCUGUUCCCUCGGUGAAGCAGGCGUGGCCCGUUCAACGAUACAAGCGACCGAUCAAUACAACACUCAGCUCGAUAAGCAGCGACUCAAUUCACUCGCGUGAUGUAUCGACUCUUUUACGCCGAGCAACUUCGGGAAACGAUACAUAUGCGGUCCAUGCUCAGGUUCAGGUUGAUAAGCUUCAUGCAGAGGGAAUCACCGGCAAGGGCAUCAGGAUCAGCAUCAUCGACACGGGAGUCGACUUCAACCAUCCCGCUCUGGGUGGAUGUUUUGGCGAAGGCUGCGUUGUCAGCUUCGGAAGAGACCUGGUUGGUGAUGACUACGACGGCACCAACACCCCCGUGCCUGGCCCUGAGCCCUAUAGCACUUGUGACGGCCAUGGAACACAUGUCACUGGCAUCAUUGGAGCCUUGCCAAACCCCAUGGGCUUCAUUGGUGCUGCUCCUAAUGCGACUAUUGGAAUGUACAGGGUCUUUGGCUGCAGCGGCGAUCUUGGGGCCGAUGUUGCCAUCGCAGCAGUCAACCAGGCCUUCGAGGAUGGAACAGACAUCAUCACCCUAUCUCUCGGCGGAUCAUCCGGCUGGACAGAAGACUCCUUUUCGGUUGCCGUGUCCCGAGUCGUUGAUGCGGGCGUCGUCUGUACCGUGGCCAACGGCAACUCGGGCUCUGCUGGACUUUUUGUUGCGGGAACCCCAGCCAACGGCAAAGGCGUCACUGCGGUCUCGUCGGUCGAGAGUACCUGGACGCCAUUCUUGGGGACGGGAGCUUUUGUGAGCACGGACAACUCGACGACGAAUCAGACUCUGUUUGUCUACACCCCCGGAGCCUAUCCGUUUCCCAGCAACAUCACCCUGCAAGUAUGGCCAGUAACUCCAGAUGUUACCACGGACGGCACUUAUGGUGCUUGCAAUCUUCUCAGUGACAAGGCGCCGGCCGAUCUCAGCGACAAGGUCGUUCUCGUCAAGUAUGAUUCGGCCUGCGAUUCGUGGACGGAAGUGACCAACCUGCAGAAGAACAAUGCCACAUACUAUAUGUUCUGGUAUGACAGUCCUGGAAACCCUUGGUCUAUUGGGGCUACCAGCGCUUCCGGUCUCGGCAUGACUGGCUACUCUCAGGGUGUAGAGUGGCUCAACGAGCUCAGCAGCGGCAAGGAUCUCUGGCUGACGUUUCCGGAGUCAUCAUCGUCCACCAAGGCCGGUGUCUUUGUGCCCAAUGCCAUCAACCCCAACUACAUUGACACCUUCACCAGCUGGGGCCCAACAUGGCAGGCUGAUGUCAAUCCUUCCAUCUCCACUCCGGGUGGUACCAUUCUCUCUACUUGGCCGUUGCCCUCUGGAGGCUACCAAAUCGAUACCGGAACUUCCAUGGCCACGCCGCUGAUGGCCGCUAUUUACGCUCUUCUCAUGCAAGCCCGAGGCAUCAAAGACCCCAAAACACUCCUGAACUUGGUGUCGUCAACGGCUCUGCAGCUACCCUUCUAUGAUGGAACCAACCUGUAUGCAAACGAGCUGGCUCCUGUAGCCCAGCAAGGCGCAGGGCUGGCUCAAGCUUACAACGCCGCCCAUACAACGACGCUGCUCAACGUCCCCAACAUUGCGUUCAACGACACCGACAACUUUGUGAAAGAGACGAGCUUCACCAUUAAGAACACUGGAAAGCAAAGCGUUACUUACACCAUUGGCCAGACUCCUGCUCUGACCAUGUAUACAUAUGGAAAUGGUGACAGUCACUUCCCGGCCCCAUUUCCGAAUCCCAUCGCCGAGGGCGCCUCGGCCAAACUCUCCUUUUCGCAGAGCACGAUCACGGUCCCGGCGGGUAAGUCAGCCGAUAUCACAGUGACGGCCACUCCUCCCCAAGGACUGAACUCCUCCGCAAUCCCCGUUUACAGCGGAUAUGUCACCGUCAACGGCACGAACGGCGAUGGGCUUGUUGUUCCUUACCUAGGAGUUGUCGGCAGCCUGGCCAAUCUCCCAGUGCUCGAUCCCGACUUCAACUACAUGAUCCACUACAACGUCUACUCAACCGUGCCGGCCGCUGCCAACACCACGUACAUUGUGCCCUACCCCAACUCGACGGUCGCAUUGCAAAUCGACCCUGAACCGGACUAUCCCGCUCCCAUUAUCCAGAUCGACGCUGGCACGCCCCUCCUUCGAGCCGACCUCGUCGCCGUGGGCGAUACAGCGGACAAGGUCAACACGACCAAGGUGCUGGACGUCGACAUCGUUGGCAGUCUGGCUGGCUAUCCCCUUCCGUACACUUCGAGGUCGUAUUUUGUCAACGCAUUUACGGGAAUGACCCAGGAGGGUACCGUUGUGCCUGAGGGAAGUUACCAGUUCCUGAUCCGGGCGCUGAAAAUCUAUGGAGAUGUAAACAAUCCGGAGGAUUAUGAGAGUAUGCUUACUCAGACUUUCAACAUUCAGUACAAUACCACAGUUUCGGCUUGA